AUGCGAUGCGCGAGCAAGGCCGCCGAGAGCGCGUCUGCACGUCUCUGUGCGGACGCCGAAGCAGAAACUACAGCAACUGAUAUCCCAUCGGUUGCUGAAUCGACUCAGCCUGUAUCACCUGGUGAUGCAGGCGCUGGUCAUGAAGACACUCGUGUCUUCACAGAGUACGAGCUCGGUGUCUCGUACUCUCCUGAUACGGAUGACGGAUCCGUAUCGACGGCAAUUGAAUCCAAGCCGCCUGCCAAGCGUGGCAUGGACGAUGCUUUGCGUCGCAGCAUCUUUGGUUCAUCUGAUGAGUCAGAUGAACCAUCGCCGAAGCGAAGGCGCUCGAGGUCGCGAGACUCGGGCGCUAAUAGUGGUGUCGUUUCUCCAAUGGACACCACUUCACAGCGAGGUGCCAGUACUUCUGUCGGCACGUCGCAGGAAGAGCGGGACCGCAAUGUGUUGCGUCUCGCUCCAGAAAAGAAGGCAUGGAUGCCUCCUAAAUCUGUCAUGGAUCACUUGUCGGCGACGACGAGUGAUCGUUAUCGAACACGAUUGUUCGAUUCGUCAAGGAUCCAUCACCUUGACCCCAGCGCGAAAGACUAUCGCGCUGAACAUGAGUUCUUCAUCGAUGCUUUCUUCAGACAUCGAUGGUACAGUGGGAAUCACAAACGUGAUGGUCCCUCACUACUUCAGGCGUGGAACGCCUACAUCCAUAAUCUCGAGGAUGUAGGUCGUGACGCUUGGAACGACAAACUUAUCAAAGCUCGUGAUAAGUUUGAAAGCGAACCCCGACAGGUGCACGCUAUAAGCUGCAUCGUCUGUCAAGGGAGAAGGGAUUACCCUGCCUCUCUUGGGGAGACUCGUGCCCAUGUUGUGUGA